AUGGAGAGUGAGCCGAUUCCGCUGGGAGCAACGGGAAAAGAUAGUAUAAUAGAGGCCUCUGUCGGCGGUAACGCGUUGGAUGGAGUAAUUGAGCUGGAAGAGAAGGAAGUGGAGAGCCCUGCGAGCGAAGGUGUGAUAUCGACAUCCUCGCUAAAGCGGCGCUCUCUGGGCGCGGGAAUGGAGCUGCACCAGAAGCGGCAGGCGCUGCCUGACUCCAAUAUGGGCCUACGUGAGGUGGAUCCGACGGAUGUAGGCGACAUAUCGCAGGACGAGUGCCCCGCAAGUGCGGGUGCGCCCCCUCCGUCUGAUUUGGGCCCCUCAUCCGGCUUCGUCGAUCCCCUGGGCAGGUAUCCAGGGGGGCCUGAGAUGAGCGAUAGGCCCAGCGUCAUGUUUGCUAACAUCAAUGGCGAGUUUUCGGCGACUACUCCCCCUUUGUUUGCGAGCGCGCAGUUGUUAAGCGAGCCACUCGUUCCGGUGGACCACUUGUCGCUCUGCGUGAACCGCCAAUCUAUGAACGAUGUCCACGGCUCUGCUGUGGCGCGUGACUCCUCGGUCUGCGUGGAUCACUCGUCCAUCGGGACUUAUGGAUCGUCGUGCGCGACCCAGGGAACCUCUAGGGAGCGCGGGGACUGCGCAACUCACCCAUGCACCAUCGACGCGUUUGAUGAUAACGUAAGCAACGCGACGUCCAACAGUUUGCCCGACGUGCCAAUGGGCGUUUCGCGCAUCGAUGAGGUUCAUCCGGCGCCGUAUGACGAUAACAUGGAUGCGUCGCCUGACAUCGACAACUUGGACCUGGUUUCGGCUCCUUGCGGAGGUUUCGAGAUGCUCGAAUCUUACACGGCAACAAACGAUUAUGGCUGUAUAAGCCAGAUAUCCAACCCUGUAUGCAUGAACCAUCUUGAAGAUACGGCCAUUCUGGAUACAAUGCUUGGUCCCACGCGAAGUUCGCAGGAUUCGGUUUCUAACCUGAUCGGCAGUGCUGUUGAUACGCACAGAGAGGUGGACAGCAUGCCGAGUUUGGAGAUUCGGCGUCUGAGCAACGGGUCUGUUAACCUUGCGAGUGACUGCGGUGAUGUGAAACGUCAGAUUGUGGUCGAUGAGAACUUGACCAACACAAUUCUGAAGGACCUAAUCUGCUCCAUAUGUCUGGAGUAUUUUUACUUCCCGGUGACGCUGAGUUGCGGGCAUACGUUCUGCCGCUACUGUAUUGGUCACCUGCGCCUCGCCGGCAAACUGUGCCCGUUGUGCCGCAAGGAGGUCGGGCGCCCGCCUAGCGUGAACACUAUCAUGUGGAACCUAGUGAAGGCACUGAAAAUUAGGAAGCGUCCUACGCUUCCGGAAGCGCCUCGUGACACGUCCUUCGAGGAAGAGAAGGCAUGGUGGGACGAGCACUGUCUGAAGCCAUUCAUGAGCCUGCCGCUAUUUCUGCGCAUCAUGUUCGGAGACAUUGUGCAGACGCCUCCAUUUUUUGACGAUGUAUGCACGUGCGUAGUCGACUUUUUCGAUAAGCACGCGUCAUGGUCCAAAGCUAAGUGGGUUUUCACGGUUGAGGAUUCUCGCGUCUUGCGUCGUCUGGUGGGCUUCGAUAGUGAGGACAUGGAUGCAACGUCGACCCGCCUUCAGCUUUGGGUGGAGAACUACCUGAGUAACAAUCCCCACCUGUGCUGUAGCACAGAAGAGCCCUACCCGUUUGUGUUGAAGGUGUACAGCGACAUAAACCACAAGAUCGACGGUAUUUCGUUCAACGCCAUGAAUAUUCACCACCGUUUACCGUGGGACGCGGGACGUCAUGUAAAGAGUCUGUUGCAUCUCCCCCACUCUUCGGUUUCCCUGAGCCACCUGAUUUUCGUGCCCUGCGGCCAGGGGCACGUGGGUCUGCUGGACUGCGGGUCCACUAUCGGUACUAUGAUUAAGUUACAAGGGCAGAGAACUUUGCAGGAUGGUGACAGGAUCCAUGUCGGUGACAAACACGAGGUUGAUGUUAUACUGUCUAGCACGGACCCCGACAUGUCCUACGAUCAUUUGCGCUGGGACCCCGUACGCAAGGAGGUUGUCGAUUUGACCGCCCCAGAGCUUGUGAACGUGGACCCGUCGUCGCUGGAGUCCAUCGACUGCCCGCUUUUGCUGCGUAUUUACGCAGACGCCCAAGAGGAGCGCGAAGUGUGGACUAACCCCAAGGGCAUAAUUCUCGGCCGAGGCCCCCAGACGCAAUCCGCGUUCAAGAAGCUAAGCAUAACUACACAGAACGGCUAUAUUUCGCGUGAGCAUUGUCUAAUCUAUUACGACGGGAGCCGCCCGUCUGGUCAGCGCUGGAUUUUGCGCGACAUGAGUACGCUGGGCACUUUUUUGAAGGUGAAACCGUUUCAACAGCCAAUUCCUAUUGAAACUGGCUUCAUUUUUAAGGUGGGUCAGUGCAAGGUUGAGGUUUGUAGCGCCACUGACGGACUUCACCGCCGGGCGCCCAACUCGCCCGCGGCGCUGAUUCUGUCUCAGCUCAUCCACAACCACUUUUCCAACGUCGCCGCCACUAUCCCACCACCUCAGGCGCCCGACACAAAUGUAGUUCAAAGCAACAACUCACAGCCGGAGGUGUAA